UGCGUAUAAAAGACCGGUUUAUUUUUGGUAUAAAAAAUAGCGGAUUUAUCCUGGAAUGAAUGGAAAAUGUUUUUCUUUCUUUCGGAGCAAAGGCAAUUCGGGUAGCAUGAAUGUCAUUUGUGUGACCCGCUCGCAGCCCUGGCUUUUGUGUCAGCAAUGAUUAGACGUGGAGAGAAAACACGGGGCGAACUGGGAUUAUGAUGGUGUGGCACUGGGAUCACAAGUCUGACUUACUGACAGUCAUGAGUUCCGAAGCUAUUCCCCAUGUCUUGGCAUUUUAUAUCAGCCGAUCUUCAGACCAGGAAUCCACCAGCCGUCAAGCCAUAGUAUACAUGUACCUAAAACAAAAAAGCAGAUCUGAUCGAAUCUGACGGUAUGACACCAAUGUUAUGACUCUAUUAUUAACCGAACAUGCUAGCUGAAUGACCGAGGAACCAACGAAAUACUUGUACCAUCUGCGUAAAACAACCUUCAAUACGUCUACGUCUUAAAUGAGAAGUUUUCUUCGAUUUUGAAUGUUACUCAAAAAUUAAUUUCACCAAUAUUGUACUCUGAGGCAGCUACUAACCCAAGUACAAUUGGUAUUGUCAUCAGAACUGGUAAAUAUUAUCGCAUUUUGGAUUCAGAGAAACACAUUUUGUGCCUUUUUUACACCAAUUGUGGAGGUUAACAUCGGUGUGUCUCUUCGGGAAAGUGCACCUCUUUUAUUUUCUGAUUGGAGCAACCUGGAUAUGCCACUGCUUAGUCACACUCCAUAAACUCCCAAAGAAAUUAUUUUCCUGUCAUUUACUCUUUUGUAAACGGAAUGCUUCUGAUAAAAGCUGAAGUUCGCAUUUUUGUUCCUGUUAUACCUUUCAAGUUCAUUACGUGUUCACAAUGUUACAGUCAUGUUCAUGACGGAUUACAUGGUGUAUUGUGAAGUGUGCGUUUUAUCAUACCCAAAGUUGGAAUUCCCACGGAUAAUGGUGUAUACAGUCAUAAGCUAAAGACGGACAAUCAUCUAGUACAAGGGUUGCGCCUUCUGGCAGCCGAGAAAUAAAGAGAGAGAUAUACAAGUCCGCCGAAGACCGUGUGAGUGAGUGACGUCAUCUUCGGGAGCAUUCAUACCAGCCUAUCACCAUGAUAAACUUGACGGUGAACUACCAUCGACCACCCUCCACCGUCGACUCUCAGACCGUGGAUGGCGCCUAUCUGGUUGAGGAUCAGGUGGUCCCCAAUGGCGUCAACGGAAUCGCUAAGCGUCACGUGGUCGUAUUCAGACAACGCCGGUUCAAGAAGAACAAGUACAUGGCCAUGGCCGCCAUUUUCUUUGUGGUUGUCGUGUUGCUGAUAGCGGGAUUGAUCGCCGGUGUUUACCACCCCGCAGGGUUCGAAACAGACACAGACUCUACGUCACUACCCUCCUCAUCUCCGACGUCGACACCGGAUCUUAGCGGGCAGGUACCGCCGUCGAUUACCCUACCGAACCAGCUGAACUGCGGGACUCGGCCGGGCUACACCACGAGGCACAAGAGAGUGAUACACGGACGGGCCUCAGAGACAGGCCAGUGGCCUUGGCAAGUUUUCAUCCGUGAACGAAACAUCUACGUGUGUGGGGGUGCUAUCGUGGAUCCACAGUGGAUCUUCACGGCUGCGCAUUGUGUGAAUCUUUUUGACAAAUCAAGGAGAUCACAACCUUCUAAUAUCACAGUAGUAGCUGGUUCGCUUCAUCGAGAAAAUUACGACGAAGGGACCCAGGUGCGGACCGCAGUUCGACACAUUGUGCAUCCAAACUAUUCAAAAGAAUAUAUGUUAUUCAAUUACGAUAUGGUAUUGCUGAAGUUAGACAGACCAUUUGAAAUCAAUGAACAUGUGAGGACUGUUUGUUUGGAAUCCCUUUUAAAUUCGGACCUGUAUGCACCGGGAAAGAAAUGCAUAGUUGCCGGUUGGGGCUUCACUGCCAGGAGAGAAUCUCAAUCUGACAGUGGUGUUGAAUUAGUCUACGCGGAGAUUCCGUUGAUUGAAACUAACGAAUGCAUGAGAUGGGCAUCAAUGAUCAGUCGAAGGCAAGAGCUUCAGAUAACACCGCAACGGCUGUGUGCAGGGUACGAGGACAACAGACAGCUCUUGGCACACAUAAGCGUCCCAUGUAGGGGGGACAGCGGAAGUCCAUUAGUAUGUGAGGAUCCAUCAUCAGAAACAUGGCAUCUGGUGGGUCUGGUGUCUUCUGGUCCAAAGUGCGGGGAGGUCAGUUAUUUCACCAAUGUGUCGGCAGUCUCGGACUUCUGGCACCUCAUAUACAAUGAAUCCGCCUUACCACCCGCUGAUUUUGAAUGCAAAAACGGCAAUGGAACUAUCCCGCGGGAAUGGAUGUGCGACGGAGCCCUGGAUUGUUUAGACAUGUCGGAUGAAACAGAAUGCGAAUGUACGGAUCGUCAGUUUCAGUGUGACAACGGGCGAUGUAUCUUGGAUAUAUUUCACUGUGAUAACGUUGACACAUGCGGUGAUGGCAGCGAUGAAAGAUAUUGUUCGUAUUUUAAUUGCUCUGACGGUCAGCUAGUAUCCAACUCGGUUGUGUGUGACGGUGUUCGCGAUUGCAUCAAUGAUGAGAGCAACGAAAUAUGUGCCUAUGAUCCCGAGACCCACUACGCAUGUGCAGGAGGAAUAAGGAUACCCCACUCCUGGCUUUGCGAUGGUUCUGAAGAUUGUCACGAUGGAGAAGAUGAACGAGGAUGCAAUUGUACAUCUUCCCAGUUCCAGUGUGACAACCGAUGUAUACAUACUGACUACGUCUGUGAUGAAAUAUUCGACUGUGAGGAUCAAAAAGAUGAACAAAAUUGCACAUGCACCGGAGACAAAUUCUUUUGCAGAGCAGCCGGUCUGUGUUGGGAUAUUAAAAUGAGAGAGUAUUGCGAUCAGAGAAGGACUUGUAAUCCAGAUACCCUAAUACAAGGAGUAACGUGUGAAAUAUUGGACUUUUGUGCGAGUGAAGAUCAAAUAACGCAUUGUCCUGACUUACUCAAUAAUUUCCGUAAUGAUACCGAUGUAGGGAAUGGGGGCUGAUCUAAAGCUGGACUUGGGUCUUGUCGUGUGCUGUAGUCUGUAUUUCGCUGAAGCCUCUAGCCCGGUACAUUACCAGGAGCUUCUAAAAACAACCUCUAGUCAUAUCAGGAGCAUAGGCUCUUAGCUAUAGCAUGUACUUUAUCUGAUUUGAAUUGGUUUGCCAAGCUCAAAUCUAAAUAGACUGGUAAAAAAGACAAGACAAAAAGUAAAGAACGCAAGAAAAUAAUUAUUAACUUCACGGGAUGGACGGUGAAAGCUCGAGAGCUUAAUUACAAUGAGGUCGAGCCUAGUAUUCGAGCUCUAGUGUCCUCUUUUUAGUUUUGAUCUACAUUUGCCACCCUCAACCCAGGUUUAGUAAUUGGGAACGUGCAUGGUAGGGUUAUUGUUUGAAAUGCACGGUACGCUAGUAGUAGAUGCCGGAGCUAAAGCCAGGGUAGUCAUUUCCAGCACGCCCCAGGCUAUUUAGAAGCGCAUACCUUAAUUUCAUAUGCUUUAUACAUGUCUGAAUGGAAUAUUAUCAUGACACUUGUGAACUAGAGGCAGUAUAUUCAACAUUUCUUUCUUUCUCUCACCGAGAUGAAAGGUUCAAGUCGGGAUUAGAUGUUGUUAUAUACCACAACAAUUCACUAGUACGGUACAUUAUUAUACUGAGGGUAAUUCCGUUCCGUGUAGUGUAUAUAACCAUCUGUAGUUAUGUGAUGGUAUAGGCAUGGACCUAUGGUAUAGGCUCAUUAAGUCAAUUUUUUCCCAUCGCCGUGACACAUUUUAGAAAAAGGUGUCAAUAUUUUUCCCCCAUUUAUUUCUUGCAAGAAAGAGACAACUUUAUUAUCAAUAUGUAGACGAACUCAUUUCUAAUUAAUUUAUUAUCUUAAGUACUAUUUCAUUUAGCAAAGUUCAUUUAUGAUGGUAGUACUAGUAAUGUACACUGUAUGUAUCGCUCGAGAUAUUAAAAUACCGUGUUUGUCUAUUUUAUUUACAGUAGUAUAUACGUUGAAACAAUUUACGAUGACAAAUAAGUUUUCAUUAAAUGUGCUCCUUCUGUUUUAUUGUAAAUAUGAUUAAUUUGGCUAAAACGGAUUCUAUUUAUUUAUUAAUGUUUCUUUAAAAUGUGUAUUCCUAUUUAUUUUUCUUGAAAAUGAAUGACAGUGUAAUUACUGCCGCUGUGAUUAUUUAUUGACGUAAAUACUAAUAGUUAUACAGUUGAGAUGUUUUGAACAUAAUGAUUGCAAUUAUUCUCAAUUAUUAAUUAAUUCAUGUAUUUAUUUUCCCGCACAAGGUUGGAAUCCCAAAAGCUUGUUACCAUGGUGGAUCAUCAAAUUUCUUUUACAUAAACUACAUAAACUAGAAUGAUAUACUAGUACUAUAAAACAAAUUUAGAAUAUUAUGUAUUGAUAUUGAAAUGAAGUGAAAUCAUGUACAUAGUCUAUUUUUUCUUUUCUUUUUUCUUUACAUUCAUUUUGAAACGAUAAAAUACAAAUUGGCGUUUAGAUUUUUCGUAUACCUUCUGAUUUUGCUCAGUAUGACAACUUUUUAUACAAAUAUUAAAUUGAUGAGCAAAUCAUUUUGACGCGCUAAACGCGAUAUUUUGUUAUUUUGUUUACGUCAAGAGGAAGUUUUAUGCAGUAGUAUUGGACAAUGACGAUGUCUAGGCUCGAUAUAACAUUCUUCAAGUUUGCAGCAAUGUAAGUUGAAUGUACUAAAUACGGCGGGGUAAGGGGGUGUCGCCAAACAAUGUUAGCACGAGGGGUAUGGGGACAUUAUGCCAAUACAGGUCAGAAAAUGUAUCCAUUUAGAUCUACCGAUAAUAUGUUAUAAAUGAACGUUCUUCAUUUGCUUUCUUUAUUCAAAAAAGUUAAAAACUUUGACAAACUGUCGACGAAUGCUUCACCAACACACGCUAUUAUUUGUGUGGACUCUUGAACAUUAGCACAACCAUAGUUGAAUUACAUAAAGUACAAAGCUGUACUCUGAAACACAUUUCAGCAUUUUCAUAUGAAUUGAAAGGAGGGAAAUAAAACGAAUAUCGUGUCAUUUGCCACAGUUUGUUAGUUUGAAGGCCCGUAUCCUUUUCGGACUGCCAGUAACUUCAAAUUUGAUUUAUUUUCUGUUAUUUAUUUAUUCAUCUAUUUAUUGAUUGAUUGAUUUGUUCAUUCAUUUAUUUGUUCAUUUUUAUUAUUUUUUGCAAAUUUAUUAACUCCCCCUCAUAGUAAAAAGCUCUGGGGAUGCUGAGUUUAUCAAUAAUCGUUUUUAAUUAUUAAUAAUUGUAAAUGGAAAAAUAAAAUGAAUACACAUACUGAAUUUCUGUACGCUUGUGCGCAGGGAUAUCAUCUAGAAAAUAGUCUACGCAAGUAUAUAUUUAGAUUGUUUAAGAUGCUUUUUUUGCCCUUAUUUUCCCACUAAUCCAGCGUCGUUUGAUAUCGAGAUAUAUUAAUAAUUUUGCAUGCAAUCACUGUACAUACUUAGGGAAAUGUGAUAUAAUAUAUUUUUAUUAUAUGAUUAAACAGCUGUACAUGAAAAUGCUAAAAAUGAAAGGAUGAGUUCCAAUGAACUACAUUGUAAUGAAGAUGAACGUAAAAGGCACAUUUUCUACUUCAAGUUUUUAUUUUUGUAUAGAUUUUUACAUUUAGUACAUUUUAUAUACGAGUAUUUCAAAGUGUACUAGAGCGUUCUUCGAUUUUUGUUUACAUUACAAUUAAAUGGACAUUCAUGUUGUGCAACGUAGUUGUAAAAUUUAAAUGGAAUACAUGUACAAAAAUCAUUUAUCACACUCAUUGUCACAUAUGAAUGCGUAAAAUGUAAUAAACUGUACCUAUGAAUUGUACAUAAAGAA